AUACGUAUGCCUUGUUCGGAUGAUCCACUUGCACGUCUUUAUGGCAGAAACGCCUUGGAAGAUACAUUAGAACUGUUGUGGAAGAAGCAAGGUAAGCCUGGUAAAAGAAGACCGCGUUGUGGCAAUCGAGAGUUAGACCUUUAUGUAUUCUUUGAAAGCGUUCGCUCUUUUGGCGGCAUUUCGAAAGUUCACCAGAAUCGUUUAAUGCAACCUAUUGCAGAGUUAUUACGAUUGUCGUUGACAGCAACAAGUUCCGGUUAUUCUUUACGUCUUAUUUACCUGAAGUGGCUGAAACCCUAUGAAAAGGAACUUGAGCAAGCAAUUGAUGAAAGUUAUAGAAAGAUAAAUAUUGCUUGCGAAAGCGGUAGACAAUGGCCAGAGUGCAUUUGGUCGAAAGAUGCAAGAUUGCCAAGAAAAAGGUCUCGUUGGAAGCAGAGUGGAAUGAGAGUUUGUUCAGAAGAUGUGCAGCAAGAAAAUUUGACCGAAGCAGAGAAGGCUGCAGUCUUUUCUAGGCUUUCAGUCAAUGAAAUGGAACCAGAAGAGCAAGUAGAGUUUGCCUCUCUAUUGGAUUUGCCAGAUUUGUUCUUAGAUAUUCGAAAUCACAUUCUUCGACUUUGGUAUAGAGACGUGUCACAUAGAACAAGUUGUUCCGAUGUCCUAUCUACCGUUCCUAAGAGAUAUCAUGAUUUGACGAAAGAUAUCUUUAUCUAUCUUGUCCGACAAGGUUUGAUCAAUUUUGGCUUUUUAGGAAAGAAUCAGUUUCCUAUUCUUUCUGGAGAGCAAAUGGAAAAGGUACCACAUGUAGUUAUAGUAGGAGCAGGUAUUGCUGGUCUCGCUGCUGCAAGGCAACUUUGCUCCCUCGGAGUUAAAGUAUCUAUUUUUGAAGCUCGCGAUAGAUUAGGAGGCCGUAUUUACACAAGGAUGAGUCUUAACAAUACACCUAUAGAAUUGGGCGCUAUGCUUGUCACUGGUGUUCAGCAGAAUCCUUUGAAUACACUUUGUAGGCAGUUGAAUCUAAUAUUGGAAGUCGUUCAAGAAGACUGUCCUUUAUAUGAUGUAAACGGUUGCUUGGUUCCUAAAGAGUUGGAUAUUUUAGCAGAAGAUAUAUUCAACGACGCUCUUGAAGAGACAUCUAAAAUGAGAAACUUGUACAAAAACCAAAGACAUGUUUCUCUGGGUUCCAUAUUGAAAAAGUUGCUCGAGGAAAAGUUGAUGAUAUUUAGACAGACUUUGGAGGCAAAUGAUUGUAUGAAGUUAACUACUUUGAGACGAUUGGUGCAAUGGCAUAUAGCUAACUUAGAAUAUGCCUGCGCUGCUGAUUUAGAAAAUGUGUCCUUAUUUGAUUGGGAUCAAGACGAUCCAUGGGCUUUAGAAGGUGAACAUGCUAUUGUCCAGGGUGGAUUUUCUCAACUAGUGGAAGGUUUAGCAAGAGGCUUUGAGAAAAUAGGACAUGAUAUGGACAAUAGGAGUCGCAAUCCUUGUAUAUUUUUAAGGCAUGAAGUGAAGGUAAUCAAGUGGUCCUCCAAAAAGAAAAGUGUUGAUAGAGGGACAAAGUCAGUUUCAAAGAAAGAUUCUGUGAUAGUCAAAGUGCAAACUCCUCGUGCAAGUAUGAAAGAAGUUUCAUGUGAUUGUGUUCUUAUUACUGUGCCUUUGGGAGUCUUAAAGGAACGAUCCAUUUCUUUCUAUCCUGAUUUACCGAUUUGGAAACAAGAGGCCAUUGACAGUUUAGGUUUUGGUGGGUUAAACAAAGUUUGUCUCGUCUUUGAAGAACUUUUUUGGAAACAUUCUAUAUUUGGUGCAUUGACCGAUUCUUCCAAUCAAAGAGGAGAAUUUUAUAUUUUUUGGGACAUGACAAAGUGUUCAGGACAAACUCCUGUUUUGGUUACUAUGAUAUGUGAGCCUUUUGUGGGACGAAAUGAAAUUGCUGAUAAUCAUAUUUGUGUACAACGUGCUAUGAAUAUACUUCGACGAAUUUUCCCCAAUGCACCGGAACCCAAGGAAUCCUUCGUAACUCGGUGGUCUGGCGAUAAGUAUGCAGGAGGUGCAUAUUCCUACAUAGGUGUAAAUUCUACCAGCAAAACUUACGACCUAAUGGCCGAGAAUGUUGGUGACGUCUUAUAUUUUGCCGGAGAAGCAACUAACGGAAGAUAUCCAACAACUUGUGCUGGGGCUUUUUUUAGUGGACUACGAGAAGCAGGGAAGAUAAUGAAACACUUGCAGUUGGAUAUCUUACAACUGGAAAACACUCAGAAGAGAAGAAAAGUUUCCAUUUUUGGUCGUUGAUAAUCACAUUUCUCUUAGAGGAAACUUUACAAAGCUAAAGUUAUUUUGA